GGACUUAUAAAAACCAAUACAUCAAACUUUGUACUCCGUAGUUUGUAGUGGUCUUGCAAUUUGUCACUAUACAUCAAACUCCUGCCAAAAAGAUUAAAAAAAAAAACUCCUGCAAAAAAAGCAAAAAUUCAGGUUUAUGUUUUCUUCACACGUACACUCCCAAUAGCAGUGUCUUCUUUACAAAACCCUGAGAAUGCCGUAAACCUAACCAACAACCCAGAAAAAUUUCCUCCAUUUUUCAACAAUCUGAACACAACCCAUUUCAGUUCAAGAAAAUCCCACCAAAACCCAGAAAGUUUAACAAGAGUUAUUUAACAAUGGAACCUUCACCUUCAAUGGUUCAUUUAGCAAUGGCGGCGUUUUUUGGUGCUUCAUUAAUGGCAAUAUCCGCUUUGUUCAUCCACAAGCGCAGUGUCGAUCAAAUCCUUGAACGAUUAAUCGAGGAACGCCGCCGAAAGGCGGUGUACCGCGACGUUAGAUUGAUGGACGGUGAGGUGGAAGAAGUAGUAGCUAUAGCAGAAGUAGAAGAAGAAGAAUUGGGGUUAGAAGAAGAUUACGGGGUAGAUGACAAUGAAGGGUUGGAUUUUCAAGAUGAUGAUGAGGAAGAGGAGAGAGAAAUUAGGGGGCAAGUUUGGGGUGUUUCUCAGGGUAAAAGUGGAAUUGAAGAAAAUUUGGAUAUGAAUUUCAUUCCUAGUUAUGCGAUUUCUUCAUCAGUUCCUAAUGUUGGAGGGUUUUCCAAUGAUUGGUUAGAAGAUGAUAAUAACAAUCAUGGUUUAGCUUCUUCUCUUGAUAAAUCACAUUUGCCACUGCUUCAGAGAUAUCUCAAAAAUGUAGAUGGUUGCACAUCGAAUGCUUUGGAAAAUACAGUUACUUCCAACGAGCAAGCCAAAGAACUUAACGACGGAGAUACAAUUUCUUCUCAAGUGAUCAAUGAUAAUUCUGCGGAUUCUGAAAGUAAAGUGACAGUUCAAAAUUCACUUCCUUUGCCGGUUGGAUAUGAAAACUGCAACAGUAUGCAAGAUCAGAAAUCCAGAGUUGCUGCUUGUGAGCGAAAAGCUAUUUUAGAUUUACCUGCUAAUGUAGAGUUAGACAUGCCUUCAACUGGGGCCGGAGGCAAUGACUUUAGUGCUGAAGCCAUUCUACCACUUAAAACUGCAAUGCCUGUGCCUUUAAACAUGGAAGAGGAGGAAGUCCAAAGAUUGCUUCGUGAUUGUUUAGAACUUCGGGAGGCAUAUGUUUACACAGAGCAAGUUGCACCAUGGAACAAACCAGUGGAUGCAACUGCAUCAGGAAAGAUUGACGGUCCUUUUCACUUUUCUCCAGUUGAGAAAAGUCAUCAUGAUUUUAGGAUGGAAGAUGGCGUUGUACAUGUAUAUGCAAGCAAAGAUGAUACUGAAGAGCUUUUCCCUGUUCCAAGUGCAACGCAAUUCUUCACUGACAUGCAUCAAGUUUUAAAGGUUGUUUCAAAUGGAAAUGUCAAUUCCGCAUGCUACCAUCGAUUACGGUUCCUUGAGGAGAAAUUUCGUCUUUAUCUGUUAGUAAAUGCAGACAGGGAAUUUCUGGCUCAAAAGAGUGCGCCACAUCGUGAUUUUUACAAUAUUAGAAAGGUUGAUACACAUAUCCACCAUUCUGCUUGCAUGAAUCAGAAGCAUCUUCUCCGGUUUAUAAAGUCCAAGUUGAGAAAGGAACCUGACGAGGUUGUCAUUUUUCGGGAUGGAAAGUACCUCACGUUAAAAGAAGUUUUCGAGAGCUUGGACUUGACAGGGUAUGAUUUGAACGUCGACUUGUUGGACGUACAUGCUGAUAAGACCACCUUUCAUCGAUUUGAUAAAUUCAAUCUCAAGUACAAUCCCUGUGGACAAAGUAGACUCAGAGAAAUAUUCUUAAAGCAGGACAAUCUCAUCCAAGGACGUUUUCUGGCAGAAGUAACAAAAGAAGUUUUAGUUGAUCUCGAAGCCAGCAAAUACCAGAUGGCAGAGUAUAGGAUUUCCGUAUAUGGGAGGAAGCAAAGUGAAUGGGACCAGCUAGCGAGUUGGUUUAUCAACAAUGAAAUCUACAGUGAAAAUGCAGUUUGGUUGAUCCAGCUUCCGAGACUGUACAAUGUGUACAAGAACAUGGGAAUUGUUACCUCAUUCCAGAACAUCAUCGAUAAUAUAUUCAUCCCACUCUUUGAGGCCACAAUUGAUCCAAAUUCUCAUCCUCAGCUACAUGUGUUCUUGAUGCAGGUUGUUGGGUUUGAUCUUGUAGAUGACGAGAGUAAACCAGAGAGGCGACCAACCAAACAUAUGCCCACACCAGCUGAAUGGACUAAUGAAUUCAAUCCUGCAUUCGCAUAUUACACAUAUUACGUUUAUGCGAACUUGUAUACCCUUAAUAAGCUUCGCGAAUCAAAAGGUUUUCCAACAAUCAAACUCCGGCCACAUUGUGGAGAGGCUGGUGAUGUUGACCAUUUGUCUGCUGGAUUCCUUCUAUGCCAUAAUAUAUCACAUGGGAUCAAUUUGCGGAAGUCCCCUGUACUGCAGUAUCUGUAUUAUCUUGCUCAGAUUGGACUGGCUAUGUCUCCACUGAGCAAUAACUCCCUUUUCCUGGAUUAUCAUCGCAACCCAUUUCCAAUGUUUUUCCAGCGAGGUCUAAAUGUCUCUCUCUCGUCCGAUGAUCCGUUACAAAUUCAUUUGACAAAGGAGGCACUUGUUGAAGAAUACAGUGUUGCUGCACAGGUUUGGAAGCUCAGUGCUUGCGACUUGUGUGAGGUAGCCAGGAAUUCUGUUUAUCAGUCUGGAUUUUCACAUGCAGCGAAGCUGCAUUGGCUUGGAGGCAAAUAUUUCUUGAGAGGUCCAGAAAGUAAUGAUAUUCACAAGACAAAUGUCCCUAAACUGCGCAUAGCCUUCCGACAUGAAACUUGGAAGGAAGAACUGCAGUAUGUCUACUCUGGAAAAGCAAGAAUCCCCGUAGAUAUCGACAAUUAUUGAGGGAAGAUAUAUUUUUGCAGAUGUGAAAUUUCCUACUCAUUAUGAUGCAUUCAUAUUUGGUUUAGUAAUUAGUUAAAGGCCCCUAAGUUUUGGCAGGAUUGCUUUGAUCUAGUAUUAAAAUCCUUAAUUUUGACAAAUUUUAUGUAUUUUGAGGUCCAUGUAUCAUUCUUUCCUCAUACUUUAAAUCAAUAUAUCCGGCUGCCAUAUGAAUAAAUAGGAGCAUCCAAGUAGAUUGUGUUUUGAGAUCAAUCUAUCCGGCUUACAUAUCAGUCUAUUCAAAUUCACACCUUCUUCUA